GAAAGGAAAAAUCGACUGCAAUGAUACACCGAAUUACAGUGUUCCUCUGAUCUCUACCGUUGAAUUGUUUAAUCACGGAGUGGCAAGACAAUCCAACGGUGCGUGAUCCGCUCACACCGUUUCUCUGGCUGGUAAGAGAAAUGAGUAAUCAACGCGGCGACUAGAAGAACAGGAUGUGUAAGAAUUGAGUGAACAACACAUGGCGAUUGAGGAUGCCAAAUUCAUAAAUUACUGCAGCAGAGCUUAUCGAAAUAGAUAAGGGCCGCAUUGGACUUGUAACAAUAAUUGAACUUGAUUGAAAGCUUCAAGAUAAAUGAUGAAGCGUUAUGUUUACAUCAACGAUGAUGAAUCAUCAAAUGAUCUUUACCGUGAUAACCGCAUUUCAAAUCGAAAAUACACAUUAUUGAACUUUCUCCCCAAAAAUUUAUGGGAACAGUUCAGCCGCUUCAUGAAUCAAUACUUUUUGUUGAUUGCUUGCCUACAGUUAUGGCCGCUCAUAACUCCAGUAAACCCCGCAAGUACAUGGGGUCCUCUUAUCUUCAUUUUUGCAGUGUCUGCAACAAAAGAGGCAUGGGAUGAUUACAAUAGAUAUUUGUCAGACAAGAAAGCAAAUGAGAAAGAAGUUUGGGUUGUGAGGCAGGGUACCAGAAAAAUUAUUCAAGCACAAGAUAUUCAUGUUGGUAAUUUAGUAUGGCUCAGGGAGAACGAUGAAGUGCCUUGUGAUCUUGUUUUGAUUGGUACCUCCGAUCCUCAAGGAAUUUGCUAUAUAGAGACAUCUGCCCUGGAUGGGGAAACUGACUUGAAGACAAGGGUCAUACCCUCAGCUUGCAUGGGAAUAGAUUUUGAUCUACUAAACAAGAUCAAGGGUGUUAUAGAGUGUCCAAGACCAGAUAGGGAUAUUAGAAGAUUUGAUGCAAAUGUUCGGUUAUUUCCUCCUUUUAUUGACAAUGACGUGUGCCCUUUGACAAUAAAAAACACAAUUCUUCAGUCAUGUUACUUGCGGAACACAGAGUGGGUCUGUGGAGUAGCCGUCUACACAGGCAAUGAAACCAAGCUUGGAAUGAGCAGGGGUGUCCCAGAACCAAAACUUACAGCUAUGGAUGCAAUGAUUGACAAGUUAACUGGUGCUAUAUUUGUUUUUCAAAUUGUAGUGGUUGUUGUUCUAGGUAUUGCUGGUAAUGUGUGGAAGGAUUCUGAAGCCAGAAAGCUAUGGUAUGUGCAACAUCCAGAUGAAGGUCCGUGGUAUGAGCUACUGGUCAUCCCUCUUCGGUUUGAGCUUCUUUGUUCCAUCAUGAUACCCAUUUCAAUUAAGGUGUCUCUGGAUCUUGUAAAGAGCUUAUAUGCAAAAUUUAUUGAUUGGGACUAUGAGAUGAUUGACCGUGAGACUGCCAUUCCUUCCCAUGCCACGAAUACAGCAAUAAGUGAGGAUCUGGGACAAGUUGAAUACAUCUUGACAGAUAAAACUGGUACCCUCACUGAAAAUAAGAUGAUCUUCAGAAGAUGCUGUAUUAGUGGUAUUUUUUAUGGAAAUGAAAGUGGAGAUGCCUUGAAAGAUACAAAGUUGCUCAAUGCUGUUGCAAGCAGCUCUCCAGAUGUUAUACGAUUCCUCACAAUUAUGGCAAUAUGUAAUACAGUGGUGCCUACAAGAAGUAAAUGUGGAAAUAUCUUGUACAAGGCACAGUCACAGGAUGAGGAUGCUCUUGUGAAUGCGGCUGCUUAUUUGCAUAUGGUAUUUGUCAAUAAGAAUGCUAAUAUUCUUGAAGUUCAAUUUAACGGAUUGCUACUUAGGUAUGAGCUCCUGGAUACUCUGGAGUUUACUUCUGAACGAAAAAGAAUGUCUGUAGUUGUUAAAGAUUGUCAGAAUGGAAAGAUUGUCCUCCUGUCUAAAGGAGCUGAUGAAGCUAUACUUCCUUAUGCUUAUGCUGGCCAGCAAACAAGAACAUUUAUUGAAGCCGUGGAUCAAUAUGCACAACUGGGGCUCCGCACAUUAUGUAUGGCUUGGCGUGAACUAGAGGAAGAUGAGUAUCGAGAAUGGGCUUUUAUGUUUAAGGAGGCUAAUAGCUUAUUGGUUGACAGGGAGUGGAGGCUAGCUGAAGUUUGCCAAAGGUUAGAGCGCAAUUUGGAAAUCCUUGGAGUUACUGCUAUAGAAGAUAGGCUACAGGAUGGAGUCCCAGAAACAAUUGAAACAUUGAGAAGAGCAGGAAUAAAUUUUUGGAUGCUGACAGGAGACAAGCAGAAUACUGCCAUUCAGAUAGCUCUUCUAUGCAACUUUAUUUCACCAGAGCCCAAAGGACAAUUACUGUUAAUUGAUGGAAAAACGGAGGAUGAAGUUUGCAGAAGUUUGGAGAGAGUUGUUCUAACUAUGAAGACAACAACUUCAGAACCCAAGGAUGUUGCUUUUGUCGUUGAUGGCUGGGCUCUUGAAAUUGCUCUAAAGAAUUAUCGAAGGGCUUUCACUGAGUUGGCAAUAUUAUCAAGAACUGCAAUAUGUUGUCGUGUGACGCCAUCACAGAAGGCUCAGCUUGUGGAACUCUUAAAAUCCUGUGACUAUAGAACACUGGCAAUUGGCGAUGGUGGGAAUGAUGUGAGGAUGAUACAACAAGCUGACAUUGGUGUUGGCAUUAGUGGAAGAGAAGGACUGCAGGCAGCUAGGGCAGCUGAUUAUAGUAUUGGAAAGUUCAGGUUUCUGAAGAGAUUGAUUCUAGUUCAUGGACGAUACUCAUAUAACCGUACAGCAUUUUUGUCACAAUAUUCAUUCUAUAAAUCUUUAUUGAUAUGUUUUAUCCAAAUCUCUUUCUCUUUCAUUUCAGGUGUAUCUGGGACCAGUCUCUUUAAUUCUGUUAGCUUGAUGGCUUACAAUGUUUUCUACACCAGCAUUCCUGUUUUGGUUAGCGUCCUUGACAAAGAUCUCAGUGAAGAAACAGUGAUGCAACAUCCCCAGAUUUUAUUUUACUGCCAAGCUGGGAGGCUUUUAAAUCCCAGCACAUUUGCUGGAUGGUUUGGUCGAUCUCUAUUUCAUGCUGUUGUCGUGUUUGUAAUUAGCAUACAUGCCUAUGCUAAUGAAAAGAGCGAAAUGGUGGAGGUUUCAAUGGUGGCACUCUCUGGGUGCAUCUGGUUACAAGCUUUUGUAGUGACUUUAGAGACCAAUUCAUUUACGAUGCUGCAACAUAUUGCCAUAUGGGGGAAUUUAGCUGCUUUCUAUGUCAUCAAUUGGAUCUUCAGUGGCAUUCCUUCAUCUGGGAUGUAUACUAUAAUGUUUCGAUUAUGUAGACAACCAUCAUAUUGGAUAACCAUAUUUUUGAUAAUAGGCGUGGGAAUGGGCCCACUUCUGGCUAUCAAGUACUUCAGAUAUACAUACAGACCAAGCAAAAUCAACACUCUUCAGCAGGCUGAACGAUUGGGUGGGCCGAUCAUGUCGCUCAAAAACAUCGAGCCUCAGCCUCGGCCCAUUGAGAAAGAAGUUUCCCCGCUCUCAAUAACUCAGCCCAAAAACAGAAACACAGUUUACGAGCCUCUACUUUCAGAGUCUCCAAGCGCCACUAGAAGGUCAGGAGCCUCAUUUGAUUUCUUUCAGAUGCAGCCUAGUUAUUCAAGAAAUUGCAAGGAUAACUGAGCUGUGUAUAAAUAAAAAUCUGCUGGUAUAAAAAUUAAAUUAUGGGCUUUUAACUCAGCUCAGAUUUUUUGGACCAUUGAAGCUGAAGAUAGGAGAGUUUUUUUUUGCAGUGGCACUCUUAAUUUCUACACAAUAUUUUUGACAAUCCCUGCAACAGUGCAGUCAAUCUUCUCUUUCUCCUCCUUUUCCUUUCCUUUUUGGGUGUAAAUAACUGUUGAUUACCAACACAUUGAGAGAUAGAUAAUAAAAAUUUGAUUCCAACCAUGAAGAAACAA